AUGAUGGAAAAACCAUUUACUUGCGAGAACCAGACCAAAUCUGGAUUUUCCAGUACCACUUUGUUGUUUUUUUAUGUUAUAUCAGCACCAAUAGUGGGAGCACCUUAUUUAUUACCUUCAGCCGUAAAGGAGCUAUUGAUGAACAACGAUGCAUAUUAUUGGCUAGAUCCUGACUUAAAACUAACUACAAUGAAUAGUUUAUGUUCUCUUGGGACAUCCUCACUUCUUUUAUCAGGGGUUUUGGGUGCCUAUUUUGUUGAAACAUUUAACAACAGAAAUACUGCAAUUCUUUCGACAGCCUUUCACAUCAUGGGUUGGAUUUUUUGCUUUUUUUUGGACAAAACUUGGUUUUACUUUCCAUACCUUGGAAUAUGUUUAUGGGGAAUUUCUACCCAGCUUUUAACUUUAGCAAAAACUUCAAUUUCUGUUUUUUAUGACUCAAAAAAACACCUUGUUGUGGCUAUGGUGGGAGGAUCCGUUGGUAUGAGUUUUGCUUAUAUGCAAAUUAUGGUCAAUAUUGUUAGGUACAUUUCUUCUAAAGGUCUGGAUUUAUCUUAUUUCGGAAUUAAUCCCACACAAUUUGUCAUUAUUAUCAAUUGCUUCCUUUCUAUCUUGUGGAUGAUAGCAUUCCACUUUAUUAUACCUCCCCAACCUUUUGUAACCUUGACUGUCGAUUAUUGCACAAGAGUUUCCAAUUCUAGGUCUCAGAUAAUGAACUCUCUUACCGGACUUGAUUAUGAGGAACGUCUUUCUUUAGUUAAUACCCAAAUGAUUGUUGAGGUAAACAGAUGUAAAGAAGAUAUCCCUUACCAGUGGACUCUAACUCUUAAAGAACAACUCUUUUCUGCUCCAACUGUAUUAUUUACUAUUAUAUACUCUUUAAUGUGGUUUGUAAGGCUUUACUUCACUGUCAAUAUGAAACCAAUUUUACUUAAUCAGACAGGAGGAAACUUGGAAUACUCUGAGUCUAUUAUCAAUAUAUUUGGUCUUCUACUUGGAACUACUUUUAUUGCAGCUAUCUUAGUGGGUAUCUUUGUAGAUCUUCUUGGAAUUUACAUGUUCCUGGUCUUGUUUGUUGCAUCAUCCUUAUUAAUUCUGGUCCUCUUUGCUAAUUUCAUUCCAUAUUGCUUCUUAUCACACUUAAUCGGAAUUGUUAUUUGUAUUUUUUGUUACUCCUAUUUUAUUGGUUGUUCUUUUAGUCUUUUUACCUCUGCAUUUGGUUAUACUCACCUAAACUCAAUCCAAGGAGUUUCAUCCACUAUUGCUGGAUUGUUUACCUUGAUCUAUAAUAUUUGGGAUUCACAUAUACAGAGAAACUAUAAAGGCAACUUCUUAUUCCCAACUAUAAUUGCAAUCAUCAUUAAUUCUUUCAUUCUCAUUCUUUCUAUUUUCUUGUUGAUGUACACCAAACGCUGGAACUCCCACAAUUCCUCCUACUUUUUCUCAAUUAACAGAAAGACCUCUCUAAUUAAGUGA